GCGCUGCGACACCCAGUCCCACCCCUUGAGUCAACCGGCCGAGCUGUCGCCGUCCCGGCCGCUGUCGCYGCCGCUGCCCCGGACCCUCCUCGCUCCCCUGAGUCCCCCUCGUUCCUGCUCGCCCCCCGACAAAGAGGAACCUUUGCUCGCUCCGUCUCCUCCCUCGGCGCCUCCGGGAGCCCUGCCCGCCCCGCCGUCUGCUCGGGGCUUGGCAGCGGGAAGGAGGAAACUCGGGCUGGCCCUGCCAGGGCAGGCGGCAGCCGSGGCGACAUGGGCAGCGCCGAGGAUGAUUACAACUUUGUCUUCAAGGUUGUCCUGAUCGGGGAGUCUGGGGUGGGAAAAACAAACCUGCUCUCUCGCUUCACCCGCAACGAGUUCAACCAUGACAGCCGCACCACCAUCGGCGUGGAGUUCUCCACCCGCACCAUCCUGGUGGGAGACGCCGCGGUGAAGGCUCAGAUCUGGGACACAGCYGGACUGGAGCGCUACCGUGCCAUCACCUCAGCGUAUUACCGGGGGGCCGUGGGUGCCCUGGUGGUGUUUGAYAUCACCAAGCACCAGACGUACGACGUGGUGGAGCGCUGGCUGAAGGAGCUGUACGACCAYGCCGAGCCCAGCAUCGUUGUCAUGCUGGUGGGGAACAAGACUGACCUGGCACAGGCUCGGGAGGUGCCCAUGGAGGAGGCAAAAAUGUUUGCAGACAACAACGGGCUGCUGUUUGUUGAGACCUCAGCACUGGACUCCACCAAUGUCGAGGAAGCAUUCGAGACCAUCCUGAAGGAAAUCUUCCACAAAGUGCAGAAGCAGAAGCAGAGGAGCAGCCAAAGCAAUACAGUGUCGCUUGCCAGCGAGAAUCCCGUGAGCACAGCCCCAGCACAGGAGGAGAGGCGCCCGUGCUGCGUGGCUCUCUGAGCUCACUGGGCACCCCAGGGAACCCCACAGCCCCGGGACACACGGGCUGCUGUCACCCUGCCUGCAGUGCCACUCCCUGUCCUGGCACAGUGGGGACCAGCAGCCUGGACAGGGACCAAAUUCUGCCAUAAACAGCGAGAAGCAGCAGUUCUGGGAGUUCUACUCUUUCUGUUUAAUUUUGGCUGGGCCCUGAUUAGCAUCWCCACUGUCACACACCGUCUCAGCCCUUCUCGACCUGCAGGCCAAAGGACCAGAACACUCCUGAGGGACCUCCAGGGAAGAAAGCAGGAGGUUCUGGCCAAAAUCAUGCCAGCAACGGGAGCCUCUCUCAUUGUCUCUGGCCCUGGGGUUGCUCCUGGGGGCCACACUGUGCCAUGCAUGGAGGAUGUGGCUGACCCACAGAUAUCUGUCCCACCAGAGGGUUGAGCCAAGCCCUAAAGAGUGAAGUGGCAGCACUCAGUCCUUGGCUGUCUCACCCCUAGGACCUGUCCUAUCUCUAGACAUGGGRCAGAUGUGACAGCAGGACCAAAGGAAGGUCCCUGCUGUGUGGGGCUCUCGUGGGACCGGGAGCAGCUCCGUGUCCAGCRCGGGGGUGACACAAUCAUUAAAGGACUUGUGAAAUGCAGCUUUACUGAGCUGGAA